AUGGAGCAGUUCACCAUGAUGGGCAUCGAUCGGCUGAGUUCGUACGCACCGAUGGGAGUACCGAUGGGUGGUGUCGGGUACGGUUCUCACUACCCAACGCCCGACACUUCCCUCUGCCGGAGCAGCUACACCGCCUCGUCCGCGGGCACGAGCCCUUCCUUUUCCGGUCCGGAGCUUAACCACAGCUACCACACACUUGGAUACCCGGAUGUCCUGUUCGAUGGGACGGAAUCGUUCGUACCGCUCGAGUCCACCGAAACCAGUCUAGCGCUGUAUCACGCAACUACUCCACCGGAUCCGGUGACAUCUGGUCCGCAAAAGGCGACUCAGUCAACUCCGACGAUCGUGCGAGAGUCCGAAUCCGCCAAUGGAACGUCCACCAAUCGGAGGAUGAUGGCGAAAUCGCGCCGAUCCUCGUCGUCCCUGCACAAGGGGCGCAAAAGGGAGUCAAGUGUGUGCAACACCUCCACCAACGGCUCCACCACCCCGCCCAGCCCGACUGUGUUGAAAAAGCGCCGCCUAGCGGCGAACGCGCGCGAACGGAAACGGAUGAACAGCCUCAACGUGGCGUUCGACCGGUUGCGUGAAAUCGUGCCCUCGCUCGGUCCCGACCAUCGGCUGUCCAAGUUCGAGACGCUGCAGAUGGCGCAGACGUACAUCAGUGCGCUAAGUGACCUGCUGGAACGGGGCGCCGACGCUACCACCUACAGCCUGUUCGACAGCCUCACCGAGUCACCGUCGGGCGGCUCCAACGACACCAACAACAACACCAGCACCAACAGCAGCAACGGCCAUACGACGGCGACCGACGGUUCGUCCUGCGGUCAGCUGUUGCUCCUGCGAGACGGCGACGACUCACUGGAUGGACGAUUCCUCGAUCUAGCCUACGUUUGA